GGCGGACCCCCUCCGGGUGGCGGACCUCCUCAAGGCCCCGGCGGACCACCACCUGUGGCUCCUCUCGGCGCACCAGGUGUCGUCACCGGACGAACCAAAGUCCGCGCACCCAAUGUUUUUGACGGAGACCGCGACAAUCUACGCACCUUCCUCAAUGAACUCUUCCUGUUCUUCGAAGCACGUCCAGCCGACUACGCCACCGACCAGAGCCGCAUCGUCACCGCUCUAACGUUCAUGGACGGACCUAAGGUGAUCGCCUGGAAGGACGGAUACAUCGCUCAGGCCCGACGAAACGGCUGGAACACCUGGAAUGCGUUUGAGACGGUCUUACAACAGACCUUCCAGCCCAUCGAGGAAGCCGCUACGGCCGCCUCCAAGCUGUACCACCUCGACUAUCGACCUGCGGCACCAGACACCUUCAAUGCGGAAUUCUUCCGCCUCUGCGCCCUCGCCGGUAUACUCGAAGACAGUGCUCAGCUGUCCUUUUAUAAGGAGCGUCUCCCAGAAAGCAUGCGACGACGGGUUCGCCUCACGUACCCCAUCCCCACCACCGUUAAUGAGUGGGCAGCACGGGUGUUGGAGAUCGAACACUCCAACUACGAGGAACGACACCUGCGCCAACUCGAGGGACGCUCUCGCAACGACCGGCAGGGUCAAGGCACCAAGGGACAGUCCGCUCGUACCAACUCCAUACGACGAGUCGACGCUCCAGCCAUGAAGGAAGACAGAGAGAAGAAGCAAUGCUUCUACUGCCACGAGACUGGUCACAUCGCACGCGACUGCCUUAAGAAGAAGGUGGACAAUCGUGCCAAGGGACGACAGCCUGGACAGAAGAAGCGGAAGGUGCGCAAGGUCGAUGAACUAGAGGAUGGCGAGGUCGCCGACGACGAAGACAAUGGCGAAGCCACACCUGACAAAACAAUCAGUCAGGUCGACGUAGGCGAUUCGGAUGAGGGUUUUUGA